UUUUGAGAUGCGUUUUUAAUAGACGGACUCUGAAAUUCCCAAAAUCAUUGGACGUAAUAUUUGAACAAACCCCUAUGUUUUACUUCCGUCUGUGAAUUACCAUAAUCUAACAGAACAUAUCGGGUUUGGUCGCCAAACUCAUGCGAAGAUCCUGAACUAUAGCAAACCAGACGUCAAAUUCAUUGUGUGUGAAGUGAUCAGUGCGAGAAGAUCACUCCUUCUAGAAUACCUUUAAAUUCUGUAGUGUUCAUUUUAAGUAGUGUUUUUUAAGCUGCACUCUUCUAUGGCACAGCCAUCGUCAAUAAAAAGAUAUUUUCUAGGUAUAGCAGUCUAUUUUCUGGUACUGAAACUAGCACAAUCUCAAAAGUCGCCAUGUCCAAACAUAUUUACCUACACGAUUUACCCAGGCACCGAUCAGGUGGUGGGCUUCUUGAAAAUUCGCAACAUACAGGUUGGCCAGGUGGCCCAGAUCAACCUUCUCAUGACCAUCCAGGCGAAACUUCCGACGAAAAAUGUCGGAUCCAUCUUCCUCAUCAAGUCCCGCGAAGCAACGUUCAACGACAUCGUUCGCGGUGAGCCCGCCAAAUUCCUGGUCAACUUCCCCCUGAAAAACAUCUUGCCAACGGUGGUGGGUAUCAAGCUCAACGGACGAACCAUUUGCCAGGGCCGCAGUACGAUCAAACGGAGAGGAACCGUAACGACCAUCAACCUGGAGCACAAGUUGUUUACUCAGCUAGCUUCCCCGAAGGUGUCCAAAACGGCAGUCGUACCGUACAAGCCACGUACUGUCACGCUGAACAGCUUGGCUCGUCAACCACAGUCUUCUACAAGUAAAAAGACUAAGUCACGAGCGAAACCUAAAACAUCGUCAACUUCUUCAGUUAGGCGGGUUGUUCAAAGCAGACCUACAACUCCGCGACCGAAAUUCUACUCGAAUGUCGUGAAGUCACCGACUACCUCUAGCUUCACUUGUGGCCGAGCGUCGAGCGCAUAUCUCAACAAACUCUCGAUCAACGGCCUAACCGUGGACAAGGGCCAAUUCCCAUGGAUCGUGCCACUGUUUGAUCGAACCCACCCUCGAUCACCGCAGUUCUUCUGCGGCAGCACGAUCAUCUCGGACCGGUUCCUCAUCACGGCGGCUCACUGCGUGUUCGACGGAGAGGAAUUCUUCCAAGCUCAGCGGAUCAUGGCAGUGCCGGGCAUGUACAACAUCGACAACUUCUUCGACGACCACGCUCAAAUUGUCGACAUUGACCGGAUCAUCCCGAACGAGGAGUACAUCCACGAGGACGACACUAACGACGCGGACAUUGCCGUGCUACGGCUGAAGAGUACGCUGGAGUUUACCGAGUACAUCAUUCCGAUUUGUCCCUGGCAGGGAGAGAACGACCUGCAGAAGAUCGUCGGCCAGGAAGGAAUCGUAGCCGGCUGGGGACUGACUCAAUUUGGGGCCGCAUCGACAAAUCCGACCUACGUUAGGUCGCGGGUAGUCGACCGAUGGAGUUGCAUUCGGAACCUCAACCGGAUGUAUCCGAAGUACGCGAGGAUCUUCUGCGGUGACGGAGAGGGAUCGGUGCCGUGCAACGGAGAUUCCGGAAGUGGGUUGGUGAUCAAGCGGGGUAAUCAGUACUACCUGCGAGGGGUGGUGUCGAAAGGACUGCUGGAUCCGAACACGCUCAAGUGUGACGCGAAAAAGUUUGCCAUUUUUACCGAUAUAGCACCCUUUCGGUUCUGGCUGAGGUCAGUUACGAAAGGAUAAUAUGCAGUCCCAUUUGGCCAGGUUUAUUUACAAAUAAAUAUAAAAAACAUUGACUU